UCACAGGAGUUUGGUAUUAGGGGGCGGGACAUGCUGCAGUUGUACUGUUCUCGAUUGGCUGUGGCUCUGCAGACCGGGAAUAUUUUGAAAGUAACUGGUUUGUUUGUCAAACUGAGAAAACUUUGAAGCGCCACAGGCUCCUGGCCCUUCACGAUUUACUCGGCGACGUAUUCAGUAGUUUUCUGUCAUUCGUAAUGGAGCAAGAAGCACGGGAAAGCCCGUCUGCUGGAACGAGGGAAACUGGAAACGAGAUGACAGACGUCGUGGUGGUUGAUUUGGAGUCUUACGUUAACGUUGAACUCGACAUGGAAAAGAACAACGGGAUUUCUGAAGUGGGACAUAAUGUGUCCGGUAUAGCGCAAGCUCUCUUUCAGAAUGAAGAGGAGGAUGAAGAUGAGAGUGAUGAUGAUGACAGUGGCACAGACCACUUUAACACUGAAAAGUCGGGGACUCAGCUGCAGAGGUGUGAGCGUCAUGGAGGAGUGAAUUCAGGUCUUCCUGACACCUUCCAGACCAGCCAUCUGCUGUUCUAUGAGAGGUUCAAGGCGUACCAGGACUAUAUGCUCGGAGACUGUAAACCCUCUGAGGUGAAGGCCUUCACGGCGGACUACCUGGAGAAGGUGGUGGAGCCAUGUGAUUGGUUGGCCCUGUGGACUACUGAUGUCUUUGAUGUUCUGGUGGAGGUGCGUGAUGUGGACAUGAAGGAUCUGAAGGCGUGCGUGGGGCUGGUGCUGCCUCUGCAGUGUGACACAAGAGGCUGUGAACUCACUGAGGAGGCCAUGGCAUCUCUGUUGGAGGCCACUCAGCACAAAGUCCCUCUGCAGGAGCUCCAGGUGGUCUACGAGCAGUCUGGGGACUUUGAUCAGACCGCCCUCGCACUCGAGCACCUCAGGUUUUUCUAUAAACACAUCUGGAGGCAAUGGGAUGAGGAAGAUGAAGAUGAUGACUUUGACUACUUUGUUCGUUGUGUGGAGCCUCGUCUCAGGCUCUACUACGACAUCUUAGAGGACCGAGUCCCAGGAGGCCUGGUGGCAGAGUACCAGUCUUUAUUGGAAAAGUGCUCCCAGUGCUUCCAGCAGUUCUCGGUGCUGCGCAGCGGCCUCAGCACUGACUCGGACUCGGAGCUGGACAACGUGUCCAUGGUGGAGGGUCUGAAGCUCUAUGACCAGCUGGAGACGUUCAAACGCAAGCUGCAUAUCUUCGAGAACCCCCUGUUGAGGUAUGUGCUGGGCUACAAAGGUAAUGCCAGGCAGCAGUGUGUGCAGAGCCGUGGGCCCAGAGCAUCGGGUAUGAAGGUGGUCCAUGUGGUCACAGCCUCCUGCAGCACCAUCCAGCUCCAGUCCCUCCUCAGUGACAGACUGCUGCCUCUGUGCUCCUCUGAGGACACUGAGGUUCAGUUCCACAGAGACCCAGUAUCAGCGGUGGAUUCGUGCCAUCAGGGUGACGUGGUCCUUGUUCUCCCAGGGAUCUACAGUGUCAGCAGCUCCAUCUUCCUUCCAGACUCCAUCACUAUAGAAGGCUUCGGGCUUCCUGAUGAGGUGGUGAUUGAGAAGAAAAACAAGGGCGACUCAUUUGUGGAGUCCACAGGAGCCGAUAUCAGACUGUCCAACAUCAAGUUCAUCCAACACGAUGCUAUCGAGGGCAUUCUGUGUGUGCGUCAGGGGACUCUGAACAUGGAGAACUGUGUGCUGCAGUGCGAGACCACCGGAGUUAUCGUCCGAACAUCGGCCCGUCUCGCCAUGAACAUGUGCGACCUGUACGGCUCCAAGGGGGCUGGUGUGGAGAUCUACCCCGGCAGUGUUUGCAGUCUGGUCGGUAACGGCAUCCAUCACUGUAAGGACGGGAUCCUCAUCAAGGACUUUGCUGAUGAGCUGGAUGUGAUGCCGUCCAUCACCAUGGAGAACAAUGUGAUCCACAACAACGAAGGCUACGGGGUGAUUCUAGUGAAACCCAAUGACGGCGAACAACAGCGAGUUCCUCUGGACACCAGCGAAGAAGCCCCUGCUGGACCCACAGCUGAAGACAAUCCUCUCCUCGCAUCCACAACCAACCCGACCACCGGCAGCUCGGCAGACGCUCAGCCCGAGUCGGCGGAGAACAACAACGGCGCAGAUGGCGGUGCAGACGGCGGUGCAGACGGCGCUGCAGACGGCGGCGCAGCCUCCGCCUCAGGCAGGAAGUGGCAGUUUAGUCGUCAGCUGAGCAGAAACAAGGAGACGUCCUGCAGCCGAGCCGUCCGGGAUCUGAUGGACCACCAGAUCUUCGUCUCCAUUCAGGGAAACCAGUUCAGACGCAACGGCAUGGGCGACUUCGGCACUUUUUUUUACUGACUAACAACUUGAGGCCGGCUGAACGGCGACACACGCCGACACGCUCAGAACGCGUUUUUCAGCAAUAAUUAUUUGAUGAUUUUAGUUUAUCAUGAAAUAAAUAUUGCUGCUUCACAUCCAGCGAGGUGUGUCGUGAGCCUGUGUGUUUCUAACUUGGAAUGAAGGGUGAAUUAAUCCCCACGUUUGAACUUGCAGGAAUGCUUUUAUCUUAUUUAUUCCUUUGGGCUCCUGACGCUAAAUGUUUUGACUAUUUUUUUUUUUAUUAUGCAUUAUUAGUUUGAAAUCUACUCGUCACCUUGAAUGCAGUUUUGGUGUUUCGACUACAGAUCUAAUAAAUGUUACCUUUUAAGGUGGGGGCUUGCUGAAGGCAGUGCACUGUGGAUGAGUUGGGUGUUCGCACGGUGCCUCGGGCGUCGGAUGAUGUAUUUUAUGGUUGAGGGAAGUCGGGCUGGAUUCGAACCUGGGUCACCUUGUAUGUGGGGUGUGAGCUACUGCGGCGAGUCUUUAAUGCCGCGCACCGUUGCCUUUGUUUGAGUCAGACUUGAUGAAUCGGCAGCCGGUCACAUUGCUGGAGCAGGAGGGAGCAGAGCGGACAGGCGACAGGUGAGCCCUCAGGUAACGACUGCUUGCACCUCCGGUGUCAAAACUCAAUAAAUUACGCUUCACUAGCUCAUUAGCAAAACUCGAUUUUAAACCGUUUCGAAUUCUUGUUGGGGUUAAACGCAGUGUCACAUCUGAUCCGUAACCAGUAGCCUUACCGGUUGACUUUGUCUUUUGUUGGACAAUGGACGCUGUCAAAUAAAGACAGAGUGAUCCGUGCGCUCUUCCAACAGGACGUGCUGUUGGCUCCUUCUGUGACCUUUUACAGGAAUCAUUUUAUUUCUAACAUGCACUGGGAAGAGUUUGGACGUCAUGAUCAGUAAUAAAGUUUGAGUUCAGUCGCACAUUUUAGCCCUCCAGUCACUAUCUUAGUGUUGACACUGAUGUGUUUCUCUUUCCAGCUGUGCAUAUUGGUAAAAUUAUGAAAUCCAGAAUCUGUGGGAAAAUGUUUGGCUUGGUUUUACUGACCUCAGCAGGAAUAAGGACACAUUUUACUUGAUAAAUGUUGUGAUAAGUAUGGCUAAAUUUAAUAUUCAUAAAUGGAAAUAUUCAAAUACCACUUUCCCCCCUUGCUCUUGUUAACUAAAUAAAACAUUACUGACAGUGCAACUAGAAAA